AUGGCAGGUGGUUCGUCAGCUUCGUCAGGCUCGAAGCGCAAGAGAGCAGCACCGGCUUUCUAUGCUGUCAAGGUUGGGUUCCAACCAGGGAUAUAUCAAAGCUGGGACGAUGCCAAGCAGCAAACCUCAGGGUUCAUAAAUCCCAUAUUCAAAAAGUUUUCCAUGCUCACUGAAGCGGAGGAAUUCAUGAAAGGCAAGAGCGUUAGCGUCCCAAAGUCUGGGAAAACGAAAUAUUACGGAGUGCAGGUCGGUCACACACCCGGGGUGUAUAUGGAUUGGCCUGCGGUUCUGGAGCAAGUAACAGGCUUCAAGGGGGCCAAACAAAAGCGAUUCGAAACGUUGGAGGAAGCACAAGCCUUCGUGAACGAAGCGCAACAGGGAGGCGCAUCCUCACACACCACUAGUACGCCAAUUAGUCUCAACGGCCAUCUCGACUCAACAUCAUCCGUAGUCGAAUCGCGAAAGAGUACAAAGAAGCAAAAACAAAACGACGGCUCAGCGUUAGCAACGGCGACGAAUGGCGAGUAUGAACCAGGUACAGGCCCUCUGCCACCAGACGCAGAAGACGGCUUCGACAGGAGAAUCAAGUAUGGGCGCCCCGACGGCCCUGAAGUGGAGUACAAGACACAGGAGGAGCUCAACCUGCGGAAACUGCAGCCUACCGGUGACUUCGAGGGUGUCCUUGACAUAUAUACCGAUGGCGCCUCAAAGGGAAACGGCCAGCUCGGUGCAUACGCCGGCUUUGGAAUAUGGUUUGGUCCCAAUGAUCCAAGGAACGACCACGGUCCCCUCCCAGGCGAAAGACAAACCAAUCAACGCGCCGAGCUCACCGCCAUAGCCCGCGCCAUCGACAUUGCCCCCAUCGACCGCGAAGCACGCAUCUACACCGACUCCCACUACUCCAUGAAGUGCCUGACCGACUGGUUCCAGAACUGGGAAGCAAAAGGCUGGAAGAACUCGGCGGGCAGACCCGUGGAGAAUCGAGAUCUGAUCGAGCCUAUACUUACGCGGAUACGGGAACGGGAGAUGGCAAAAGCGAAGACGCACAUUGUGUGGGUGAAGGCGCAUAAUGGGACUACGGGGAAUGAAGGGGCGGAUAGGUUGGCGAAUGAGGGGGCGGAGGAGAAGAGGCAGGAGGUGGAGAUGGAGAAGAUGGCUAAGGCGAAGGCGGAGAGGGAGAGGGAGAGAGAUGGUGAGGGGGAAGAUGAGUAUUGA